AUGGAGAAGCAGAGAGGGGGGGUAGCAACGCCGGCGGCGGGUUUCAUACAAGCAGACGCCGCCACCUUCAAAGACCUGGUGCAGAGGCUCACCGGCGCGCCGGGAAAUCUCCGGCCGAAGGCGGCGGUGCCCUUCAAGCUUCGAGAGCGGAGGAAGCAGUCGUUGGGCGAUCUCGAGAUCGUCAAACGCGGCGCGAGAUCAGCCGGGAACUCGCCGGCGAAGGGCCCCGCGACGCCGCUGGGGCGGGAAUCGGUGGCGCCGUCCGAGGAGGAGAGGGCCAUCGCGGAGAAGGGUUUUUACUUGCAUGCUUCGCCGGCGAAGGCGGCGCCGCCUGUUUUGCUGACUUUGUUCCCGUUGACUCCUUAAACCUUUUUUUUUUUUUUUUUUUUUCUAUUUUCUUGUUAUAUGUUGAUUUCCAAAACUGCCCAUCCUGAAAUUAAACGCAGUCCAAUGUUUACUCGUUGGGUUUGGUCUGGUGGAAUUUGAGAAUUUGUAGAUAAAAGAGUAUUGAGUUUUAAUCAAAUAUAUAUAUUUUGUAGAUUGAAUUUAAAAAUGUAAUCAAAUUAGCUUUAUGUUUA